AUGCCGCCCAAGACUACUAAGCAUAUAGUAAUGCUCAGGAGGAUCAAGAAGAAGAUAAAGGAGUUAGCUACUCUCUCAUCACCAAAGAAACUGAGUGGUGAUGGUGUCUCUGAUGAAGAAGUGAAUCCUGCUGCAAUGGAGCUUCCCGAGGAUGUGAAGGAAGGGCAUUUUGUGGUGCUCGCAGUUGAUUGCGACCAACCCAAGAGAUUUGUUCUUGAAUUGGCUUAUCUCUCUCACCCAGAAUUCCUUAAGUUGUUAGAGCAAGCAGAGGAGGAGUUCGGCUUCAACCAGAAGGGAGCUCUUGCCAUACCCUGCCGGCCUGAGGAUCUGCAGAGAAUUCUCAGGGACCGGAGCUAG